CCAAGUGAAAGGCCGCUGAUCAAGAGUUGUAGUAAAACAGAGGUCAAGUGGAAGGGAGUCUCCAUUGUAAAUCAAUCCGUCAACUUGCUGGAGAACGCUCUCAAGUCAACCAACCUAUACACGAGUCUCUCAAAUUGAACAGGUGUGCGCAAUCAACUCUUACGUCGAAAAUGUGAAGGUCCUUGGACGGUAAUGUCUGUACACAGAUGUAGAAAUAUGAACCGUUCCGAAGGAGCAACUUCAGGUGCCAGUGCAUCGUAGAAGGACUGAUUUUUAUAAGCUGAUUACAGGUCCCGAUGAAGACAGCUCCUCAUCAAUUCUACUCCCCACGCUUCUCUUCUUCACGAUGGCCGCCACGGACAUAGACAUCUUCGCUAAUGAAGAGAAGCGUAGCCUGGAGCUGGGCGGCCAUGUUGGGUUUGACAGUCUUCCAGACCAGUUGGUCAGUAAAUCAGUCACACAGGGAUUCUGCUUCAACAUCCUGUGUGUCGGUGAGACAGGGAUAGGGAAGUCGACGUUGAUGAACACGCUGUUCAACACACUGUUUGAGGCAGAGGAGGCCAGCCACUACCAGAACGGUGUGUACCUGCGGCCCAGGACCUAUGACCUGAAGGAGAGCAACGUUCAGCUCAAACUGACUGUAGUCGACACCGUGGGGUUCGGAGACCAGAUCAACAAGGAGGAGAGCUUCAAACCCAUAGUGGACUACAUCGACACCCAGUUUGAGACCUACCUGCAGGAGGAGAUGAAGAUCAAACGUUCCCUGUUCAACUACCAUGACACCAGGAUCCAUAUCUGUCUCUACUUCAUCGCCCCAACCGGACACUCUCUCAAAUCACUGGAUCUGGUCACCAUGAAGAAACUGGACAGCAAGGUAAACAUCAUCCCCAUCAUUGCCAAGGCAGACACCAUAUCUAAGAGCGAGCUGCACAAGUUCAAGAUCAAGAUCAUGUCAGAGUUGGUGAGCAACGGUGUUCAGAUCCACCAGUUCCCCACUGAGGACGAGGCUGUCACCGAGAUCAACUCCUCCAUGAAUGCCCAUCUGCCCUUUGCUGUGGUGGGGAGUGUUGAGGAGGUUAAAGUGGGUAAUAAGAUGGUGAAAGCCAGACUGUACCCCUGGGGAACUGUACAGGUGGAGAACGAGAGCCACUGUGAUUUUGUGAAGCUGAGAGAGAUGUUGCUGAGAGUGAACAUGGAAGACCUGAGAGAGCAGACUCACGCCAGACACUACGAGCUCUACAGACGCUGCAAACUGGAGGAGUUGGGCUUCACAGACACAGACCCCGACAACAAACCCUUUAGUCUGCAGGAGACGUAUGAGGCCAAGAGGAAAGAGUUCCUGGGGGAUCUGCAGCAUAAGGAGGACGAGAUGAGACAGAUGUUUGUCAACAAGGUGAAGGAGACCGAGGCAGAGCUGAAAGAAAAGGAGAGGGAGCUCCAUGAGAGGUUUGAGCAGCUGAAGAGGAUGCACCAGGAGGAGAAGAGGAAUCUGGAGGAGAAGAGGAGCGAUCUGGAGGAAGAGAUGAACGCAUUCAACAGGAGGAAGGUGGCAGCUGAGACGCUGAUGGGUCAGUCUCUACAGGGAUCCUCACAACUGUUCAGAAAGGACAAAAAGAACUUCUUUAGUCUUCCGUCUGCGUGCUCCCUAACAGCAGGAAGGAAUUUAAAUUAGAAGACUGACUUUCUACCACGCCAAAAGGAUGGCUGUUUUAUUCUUCCCCUAUUGACAAUUAACAAUCUAUUGAGCUUACUAUUUUUUACAGUGUGAUUCGAAGCUACAUUUUUGUAAAAAUAUGUGCAUCCUAAAUGGCACCCUAUUCCCUAUAAUGUGCACUACUUUUGACCAGGGUGGCACCCUAUUCCCUAUAAUGUGCACUACUUUUGACCAGGGUGGCACCCUAUUCCCUAUAAUGUGCACUACUUUUGACCAGGGUGGCACCCUAUUCCCUAUAAUGUGCACUACUUUUGACCUAAGCCUCUGGUCAAAAAUAGUGCAUUACAAAAGGAAUAGAGUGCCAUUUGGGAUGCAUUCCUUGCUUUGCUGUGCUCUCCUUCCUGAACUCUUCAAGUGAUGUUCUUACCUAAUACCUAGUCUUGGAGUCUUCCAUACAGCUCAGCAUAUUAGUACACACGUUCUCUAAUAGUCAGAAAGUAUAUAGGCUAUAUAUAGGGCUAUAAAGUAGUGCAUUAUAUAGGGUGGUAUUGGGGAUGCAACUUUGGUUGAAUAAAAGCUGAUGCUCUAUAGCAUGCUUCUCUGCAUGACUUUCUUCAAUAAGCAUAAGAUAACUAGCCGAGGUGCCAGUCUGUUUCUGUUCUAGAAAGCAGUUGGUAAGAGAGCAGUAACCGACUGGCAUUCAGGCUGCAAGACAACAAUUUUCAGAUGAAAAUCCCCCAGAGUUUAUUAAGUAGUUCAUUGGGUUAAUAAAUGUGUUUUCCAUGUUGUUGUCAGGGUUUAUUUACCCUGACUGUUCCAUGUAUCCAUGCUGUUGUCAGGGUUUAUUUACCCUGACUGUUCCAUGUAUCCAUGCUGUUGUCAGGGUUUAUUUACCCUGACUGUUCCAUGUAUCCAUGCUGUU